UCUUCCCGUCUCUGCGCAACGACUGCUGCUGUUGCGGUUCAUGUCAGAAUCAUAUGAAGCUGAGGAUUAUAGGCUUGGAAUGAAUCGGUGGAAGAUCUUAGAGGGUGCUGCUCUUGCAGGGUUAACGCAUGGUAGGGUGGAGGGAAGCCUUGAGGUAUAAAGCAGGAAAGUCGAGAGGCAUCAUAGUCGAGAAUGGAUGCUUCUUUGAUCCCGCAAGGCAGCCAUGGGACCAUGGUUGAGGAGGAGGAGCUAAGGUCUGUGUCUUCGUCGUUGGAGAGUUUCUCGAGAAACUCGAACGCUUCUUCCUCGUCCUCGGACUCCAUGGACGACGCCACCUCUUCUGCGUCGCCCUCGUCGCCUGCAACUGAGAAAGACCAACAUGAUCGCGAGCCGCUGAAUGAGAUGUCUUCGCUGUUAGCUCAUCUUCCGUUGAAGAGAGGGCUGUCGAGGUAUUACCAGGGGAGCUCUCAGACGUUCACAUCUUUGUCCGAUGUGAAGUGCUUGGAGGAUCUUGCCAAGCCUGAGAGACCACACAGGAAGAAGAUGAAGUCUUGCAGGAGUUAUGUUUGGGGAUUGGACAAUCAGAAACCACUGUUUCCCAAACAGUGUUCCAAGACCAUCACAAAGAAGGCUUCCAAGAGUUCAUUGUCUUGUAUUGGUGGAAGGAGGCACAACUUUGUCAGUGGCAGGCCUGCUGUCCCUCCACACAGAUCAAGCAACUUCUCCGGCCAAUCCCUUUUGCUUGCCUAAUCGAAUGGUUGUACAGUUUAAUACUGAUCAGAAAAAUUUUCAUCUUUUCCUCAGAAAA